AUGCCAUCCGGUCCUCUAUCGGACGCUGAGCUGUUGGCUUUGCAGCCCACUACGGUUCCUCGAUCGGAAUGGAUUCCCGGUUAUCGCGAUCGUCGCAGCUUCCGCGGCCACGACAUCGUCCCCUGGUCGGCACAGGAUAUCCGGCAGACCAGCAUCGUAGAGAUGGAUGCGGAUCUGCUGUUUCACCGCUACACUAAGCCGAUGGAGUGGCUAAUUCCGCUUCGUGAUCCUGUGCAUCCGCUUGGAAACUGGCGAGAUGAUCUAGUGGAUGAGAGCAACGUGCGCGACUUGAUUGAGUCUGCUCCGUGGGAGAUCCUUGCUGCCCCGCUCGACCCUCUCCCGUUCAAGAAUCGGGGUUGGUUCCGGCACAUAAAGCGGCUUUACACUUCUUACGAGACUGAUCAUCUUCGGGCUUAUUGGGACUCCACCCACGCCUUUCCGGUGAGCAUCACCAAACAUCGCGCCAGUCGAUACUUGGACGCGUUCUACACCGAUCGUAAGCAGCGUCGAUCCAGAGCUGGCGCCCGGUGGAAGUCGUUUCUUCAACAGGUGCUAAUCGGCUUGCUCCGGGGUUACUGCGACCUUGGCCUGUUGUUGGAUCCCUUCUUCCUGCAUUUUCCUCGACCCGGCGAGGCAGGUGCCUGCGCUUGA